AUGUCGCGGCUCCCACUCGCGCAGUGGGAUCCAUCCCUCUUCACCGAACUACUCCACCUUCUCGUCCUCAUAUCCUCUCGCCCGUCCACAUCUGUCUUCCGCCGCUUCUUCGACAAGCUCGACACUGCUCGUCCGUGGAUCAUCGCCCUCACCGCCCUCCCCACCCCCAACAAUGAGGACAAGGAAUUCAUUGCAACGAGUCCCAUCUCCACUCCCGACGGUGUCGAGGUUCGCGUCACCGACGAGCUCCUCGUAACCACAAACACCAUCGCCGAGUCACUCAACCUCUCCCACCUCCUCUCCGCCGUGUUGGCCCUCCACGCUGUCCAGCAGCGUCCCAGAUUCCCCGAGCGGUCCGACCCAGAAAUCGCCGUCUACCUGCUUCACGAGUAUCUGCAGAGUCUGCUCGACUUUGUCACAGACCUGCUCAAGAUCACGUUCGGCGAGGAUGCCGAGGAGGGUGUGGCGUUUGACGAGCUUCGCGGUUGGGUCGAGGACCUGCUCAGCGAGAAGGGCGCACAGGGCUUCCUCCCUGACGUUGCCGUUGACCAGAUUGACGUGCUCCAGGGCCGACUCGACGCCGUCGUGCGGACGCAGGCGUCUGGUGCCCAGUUCGAGCUCCUCAACUUCCGCGCGUCGAGUCUGCGUCGUGAGCAGAACCGCCUCGCGAGCAUCAUCGCAACCCUCGGUCAGAGCGGCCUAUUCAAGACGUCUCAGGUGGUCAAGAUUGUCAAGUGGUUGAAGAAGUCGCGCCCAGAUGCAGUCGUCGGCACCAUUCUGGCUUCCAUCAUCGCCGCAACACCACCAGUGCAAACAAUCGCGAACACCCCCCAGGACGAGACAGUGCAGACAUACGCCAGCCUGCCAAAGUUCAUGCUGGUGCUGUGCAACCUCAUCUUUGUCGAGAAGGACUGGCAGAGCACUGAGCUGCAAGACGCGGUCAAGCUGCAUUGGGCGGUAUUCUAUGCCAGCGCAGUCUCAUAUGACGCGUCAUUGAGUCAGGCUGUUGGACUGGACGCAAACGGUGCGGAGCGGCACCUCCAGGAGGCGGUGAACGGCCAGGCGUUCAAGUUCCUGACCAAUCUCAUCGCACACCUCGAGGAGGAGCCCGAGGAUCCGACCACUGCGCUCGCAACGCGCUCCGAUCCUGAAAACAACGCGUUCAUCUACGCCCAACUUCAGAAGCUUGUAGGAUGGCUCGUGAAGCAGCGCCAUUUCAUGCGUGGGCUCAAGAACAAGGAGGAGGAUGUCGGCGUCGUGCGGCGGUCAUCAGGCUCCGCACCGGCCCAGAACUUCCAGUCGUUCCUCACUCUCAUGGCGGCGGUAUACCAGCGCUUGCCACCAGAUAGCGCGACGGCGCUCUGGGACGAGUCGUCGUUCACCGGCGUUGUCCUUGACCUCCGUACCGCAUACCCCCCAGACGCAUUCUGGGACUUGAUGUGCGCAAUUUCCAAGGGACCAGAGUGUGCGAGUAAAUGCUUCGAAAAAUUCAAGGAGACGCGCCUGUCAUGGAACGCCCUGUUCAAGUUCUACCAGCACUACAUCGAGCUCAUGCCACCUCUGUACGGUACCCUCAAGACGACGCACCAGACAUCUAUCGAAGGCAUGAGCCACGACGAGUAUUUGGUCGCCGACGGGUGGACGCGGUUACUCGCCAACGUGGUACGUGACUCGACUAUUGCCCGCGGCGCACUCCUCCAGUCCAAGCCGCACCCGCUCCAGACUCUCUUCGACAUUGUGAACUGCGACAUCGCAACCGACCUCAAGGCGGCCGUGUUCGAGGCGAUCAACGCGUUUGUUGAGCGCCGCGGCGACUCGGCCGACGACGACGUGGUUGCGCGAGCGGUCGACAACUAUGAGCGAGUUACGUUCGCCGACCCGACGCUCGACGUACGUGAGGGGACCCGCGUGCCACAGCCCAUCGGCUGGAUGCAGCGCAUGGAACUGGCCGAGCAGGACCUCGGGCUCUACCCGCUCACACGCGCGUACAUCGGCUUCCUCACAGCGCUCAUGCCUUCAGAAAAGGCGCGCGUGAACGGUGCCCUCCGCCGCGGGGCUAUGUACGUGAUCGAUCGCGUUCUUCUGGGGUCCCGGCCCCAGGCAUCAACGACGGAACAGUGGUCCAACUAUCAGGCCAUCAUGGCGUUUUUCGAAAAGGCGCUGCAGACGUUCGACCUCACAGACCUGCUCUCGCCAGCACGUGGCACCGCCGCUGCGUUGUCAGAGCAGCCAGGAUUUUUGAUCCUCUUGCGGAUUCUCAGCGAACCGGCCGUGUUCGCGCCGCUUGGCGACAUUGUCGACGGUGCUGUGCCCAUGGCCCCUAACAGGCCGCGCAUCGCCAACGAGUGCUUGCUCCGCGUGCUCCGCAUCUACCACCGCAUACUCGACAUUCAGCUCGUGUUUAGCGACGUGCUCCUCCUCACACUCCAGUCGACAACUGGCUUCAAGCGCCCACUAGGAUUCCAGUCGCUCGACCACUUGCUGUUGAACCGCCUCUCAAACGUCAUCAACAUUGCCUUCUCCGUCGGGGACCGCGACGAUGCCGUUGCGUUUGUCAGCCUCAAGAUUAUUGCGGCUCUUGCGCAAUCGCCUGUCUUCUCCAGCGCGGACAUGUUCCACGGCGUUUACGCAAAGGUCAUGAACCGCUUGGCCGGUGUCAUCGACUCGUCCGACGAGUCGAUCCGCAUCGCGCAGGCGUUCUCAUCCAAAUUGUCCGAGGAGGGUGAGGACCUCUCACCUGAGUACGUCGCGCUCGAAUCCAAGGCUGUCCUCCGUGGCGAGGACUCGGAUCACCUUCCCAUCCUGAUGCGAUCCGCGAUCCUGGAUAUGCUGGUCGACAACACGGCGGAUGCCACGGGUCCCAACAUUGCCCACUUCCUCCUCGGCUUCGACUUCCGGGCGCGCGAGUUAGGUCUGCAAGACCCUCGUGCUCCUGGGUCGCGCCGCUCGUGCCUCCAGGUCAUCCUCGAACAGCUCAACGAGAAGCCGCCGAUGAUCCAGCUCCACCCCGUCCUCGCUGCCAAGAGUGUACAGCUCAUCCACCAGCUCUUCGCGCACCCAGUUACCGGGCCGAGCACCAUGGCCUACACCGAGUCGUACGACGGCUUCCCGGCGAGGCAACUCGGGGCGUUACCUCGGACAUGCCCUGCUGUGGCUACCGAUGUCGUGGGGCUUGGCAUCGCAUCGACGUACACGGACGAGGUCGAGACCUCGGCCGAUGUCCUCGUAGCGUACCUCAACUACCAGCGUUUCAUCCUCGCUUCGGUCGGGAUCCAGACGUUUGCGUUCGAGGGUCACGGUGCGUCGUCCGAGUACAUCUCAAAGCAGCUGUUCGCCGACGAGGAUGAGGACGAGGAGGACCAGCGCCCGCCGCUCCUCAUCGACCUCGUUUCCAACAUCGACAUCCAGUUCGUCGAGGCGGACCCCGAUGCCCAGCAGGACAAGACGCUCGAGUUCUACUACAACUUCAACUUUGACCAGUACAAGCAGCCAGGGACAGACUUGUUCGACCUCGACGUGCUCGCGCGUGCGCUCAAGUCGAAUCGGCGCCAGCUCGAGCGCCAGGGGGCCGUUAUUCAGGGCACUUCGGCGGACGCAAUGGCCAAGGAGGCGCAGUACAUCCUGGCGCGCCUUGCGUUCAAGAAUCGUCAGAACGAGAUCUUUGUCGCGAAGGGUGACUUCCUGGAGGCGUGGAACGAGACUCUCAAAGUCGCACUUGCACUGCUCUUCCACCACGUGCCCGAGGACAGGCAAGAGGUGCUGCUCUUCGAGCUCCUUUCCGCGGUGCUGGACAGAAUGAGCGGUGACCUCCCACCCGGCGUUCUAGACCUCCUCUCCGAAGCAGCGCUCAUGUCGGUCAACACGCUCAUGACGGCCCUGUCGACACUCGACGCUACCAACCUCCCGCUUGACCAGAUGUCGACCGUCCUCACCAAGAUCAUCGACGCGGUCCUCAAGCCAGGUACUACCGAGAUCGUGCGCGGUAACCUCUACGCAUCUAUCACGCAGUACCUCCAGCUCGUACCCGGCGGGGACAGCGCGCUUCGCCGUUCGACCAUUACCGACCUUGCCGCGCGAAAAGACCGUUUCAUCCCGCUCCUCUGCCGGGACGCGAUGGACAUGCGCGACGUGUGGAAGACGGAGUAUUUCUCGCUCCUUGCCAGCAUCGCCGCACUUGGCGACCGUGUGAUCCUCGCGCCGCUUGUCACGAGCCGGUUCCUCGCCCAGUUUGUGCGCAGCAUCAAGGACCGCGAGCUGCAGCUCCAGGAAUGCCUGGUGCCGGACCCAGACGGCCUCCACGCUUUCUGGGUGUACGAGGCCAACGCCGCUUUCCUUACGGCCUACGCGAGCUCGCCGAAAGGCGCAAGCGACCUUAUCGACGCGGGCGUCUUUGAGACGUUGGCUACAUGCAGUUUCAUGGGUGUGUCGCCUUUCAACGACGACGUCCUCUCCAUCGGAUCGAACGCCGAGGCGGUCGAGCGCCAGCACCGCGUCCUGAUCUCGGCGCUGCAAUUGCUCGUGCGCGUGCUUUCCCACACCUCCGUUGUGGGUCAGAAGAACGCACUCUCGUUCCUCGGCGCGCACCGCGACUCGUUCCUCAUCCUCCUCCGCGAGAACCAGGCUUACAUCACGGGUACGGGUAUCGACGAGUCGCGCCUCAUCGUGGCGCUCUUCACCGCCGUCGUUCCCAAGGUUUCUCCUGACGAGGUGCGCAGCUCGUCGGGCUUUGGCGCCUUCCAUCACUCCGUGCUCUUCCUUGCGGCCAAGUUCCUUGAACCCUCCUGGGCUGACAACGUCCACUCCGACGCCCAGGAAGCGAAGGACAAGGUUUUGCAACUCAACCAGGUCAUCAUUGCGUACCUCGUAGUGACCACCACAGGGCUCAAGGCUGGCUCCCCGUCAUCCCCGCGCCCUGUCUUCGUGGUUGACGCAGCUCGGUCGAACGGUGCGGCUCGCAUCGGUUCCGCACCAUCCCUCCUGGCAGCCGUGGAAUAUGUGGCCGAGCUCGCAGAGACGCUACAGGACGUCUCGAACGCCUAUGACGACGUCGCAGACAAACUUGAGGCCGGGGAGGAUGUUGGUGCAGCCGGCUUCGAAGCUGGCUCUGUGGAGGAGCUGCAGGCUAGCUUCGUUGCGAGGACCAACGCCAUUUCCAUCAUGAUCGAGUCCCUCCUCCUCCUCAUUUGGCGGCACAUGAUGUACUACACCGCGGAUGCGGGCGGCGAGGGCGUACGCCCAACUACGCUGAGCCUAAGCUUCAGCUCUGCGGGGAUGAGCAGUGCAGCACCCGGCGCAGUCAGCAUGCGGGCCCUAGAACGUGUGGCCGCGUUCCUCCGCGGCGUGUUGGACCGACUGGACGACGUCGAUGUCGCGAACCGCAAGGACGACGCAUACUACGCGAUGCUGGUGCGCCGGCUACGCGAGCUGUGUGGUGGCCUAACCGAAUAG